GUGGCUGGAAAUGUUCAGCCAGAGUUGGACAGGCAAUCUGUUUUUACUGUUGUGGAGAGAAAAUCUUUGGUUACUGACUCCGUGAGACAGAGAGGAGGUUAAAAGCUGUUAUUUGGGUAUUUGUUUUACAAGUUGGCUUCUGAAAAGUUCCAUCUUGAACCUAGAUUCUCGGUUAUGGACAGUCUUCUUUACUGCUACAUGGAGUGAGAGAGAUCACUAACAAAGUGCCUUUGAGAAGAUAUCCCUGACCUGAAGGUGGUUGUGUACAUUGCCGACCUAUGCUUUCUUUAAGGCAAGACACGCAGGAUACCUCAGCAGCAAGCACUUUGCCUCCUCUUUGCACAACUUCAGCACCUAAAAAGGCUGAAAUAGAGCCAUAAUAUAUAAGAAUAGAAUAUAAUGACAUGAGAAUGUAUGAGGUCUGCAUUAAUAUUCCCUCACUUGUCUGAUAUUUCUGUGCACCAUCAUCUGUGCAAUAUACACUCAAACGUGUCUCAGUAAAAAAACAACACAGUGGUUUCCUUUUGAUGGGUGAUUCCUCAGAGAUUGAACAAACAUCUCAUCGUUCUGCUCCAGCUGAUGGAAGGUUGUUUCAAAAGAGGACUUUGCACAAAGAGCCAACCCACAGUUUUUGUUGUAUGAGACACAACAAAAUCGAUCGAUUGCCUUUUUAAAAACUAAAAACUUUAUGAUUAUAACCUUUGGACAUGGCGUUAAACCUGUCUUCAGUCAGAGACACAAAAUGGUUAACUCUGGAAGUCUGUCGGCAGUUCCAGCGAGGAAACUGUUCACGUAGUGAUGAGGAAUGCAAAUUUGCUCAUCCACCGAAGAGCUGCCAAGUUGACAAUGGGAGAGUUGUUGCCUGCUUUGACUCACUGAAGGGUCGAUGCUCAAGAGAAAACUGCAAGUAUCUUCAUCCACCUUGCCACUUAAAAACCCAGUUAGAGAUUAAUGGGCGCAACAACCUCAUCCAGCAGAAGACAGCAGCCGCCGUGCUCGCCCAACAGAUGCAGCUCAUGAUCCCAGGGCCCAGCCUGCAGUCUAUGCCAACAUUUCAAUUCACACAGGGACUGGGCAACAACACUGGUCUUGGUUACGGUUCAUACAUGACACCGCUGAGCCAUGGAAUGAGCCUCAUCUCCACAGACAACCUCUCCAGCAACCAGGUCCUUGUUUCUGGAAGCCCACCUGUCACGGUCCAGAGCUCCUCUUCCUCUUCCUCUUCUUCUUCUCCCUCACAGAAGCUGCAGCGUACAGACAAACUUGAGGUGUGUCGCGAGUUUCAGCGGGGAAACUGUGCGAGAGGGGAGACGGAUUGCCGCUUCGCUCACCCCAGUGACAGCCCCAUGAUUGACACCACAGAUAACACUGUCACUGUUUGCAUGGACUACAUUAAGAGCCGCUGCUCCAGGGAGAAGUGCAAGUAUUUUCACCCGCCUGCACACUUGCAGGCAAAAAUCAAAUCUGGUCAACAGCAAGUCAAUCACACCGCCGUGGCAGCCCAGGCCGCCGCCGCAGCCAUGACUCAGUCGACUGCCAAAGCAAUGAAGCGAUCCCUCGAGGCAACUGUAGACCUGGGCUUUCCCUACAGCGUACCCCUACCAAAGAGACAAGCUUUUGAGAAGAACAGCUGGGCCAGCUCUCUCCUCAGUCCCAGUUUUUUGCACUACCAACAAGCUCUGGCCAACUCCCAGCUGCAGCAGCAGGCGGCUGCAUACUACCCCACAGGUUCUGUCUUCUGCAUGGCUCCCGGUAACAACAUGGUCCCCAUGAUGUACAGUGCUACGCCUGCUACUGUCUCUGCAGCAGCUACUCCCGCCACAAGUGUCGCCUACGCAGCAACAGCACCAGCCAAUCAGAUCAUCCUCAAGUAACCGCCAGAAACAGAAGUCAGUGCCGUGUUGCUGCUGAUAAAGACGCCAAACAACUGCUCUGUAAAUAUUCUGUUCACACCACACACAACGUACAACAAGCUGCAUGCAGAUAACAUCGCUGAGGAGAAGGUUGUGGUCAUUGCUUUGAUCUCUCACAAUACAUUACAUUAGUAGGAUUAUACAAUGUUAGAUAAGUGUCACAGAAGAUUAUUGUAUGCACGCACCUUUGCACCUGCUUUAACAUGCAUCCUCACUAAUUUGCAUAAUACCCUGGUUUCUAUUUCCUAAAGCAAUUCUGACAAGGUCAUGGGUGCAUUUAGCCUCUUAAUCAGCUCUAAUGCAAUGUGUCUCCAGUUCACAUAUAUGAUGCUCAUGAAUAGAAAUGUCAUUUUCUAAAUCAAUCUGACCAGGAAACACGUCGAACUCAAACAGAAACAGGUUGUGCAGCAACACCUAAACAUGAACUGAUAUAAACGUUAUUCACUGAAAUGUAUGUAAAUAAUACAAGAGACAAGCAUGACAGAUGUAAUCUGAAAACAAUACAUGUUAAGACCGGGUGUAAAGGGGUCCUUUUAUUGGUGAUUGUUCAAAUUGUAUCCUCACGAUAUUGAGAAACAAUUUAUUUUUCCUUUCUUGAAUGUGUUAUGUUAGCUAAAAGGGUUUUCACAUUAAUGAUUGUUUAUCUAGUGCCAGCUUUAAAUAUUUCAAACAAACUUAGAAAAAGCACUUAUUUUAACUUUUAACUCUGCAUUGUAAAGUUUCCUUUAAAAUGUUCUGAGGUUAUUCCAGCUAAUACCUUACCCCCCCCAUCCCAGAACAGGAACAGUGCUCCACCUCCUGGUGUGCCUUUGCAUUGCAAAUACAGUAUGUUUGCUGAGAGAAAAAACAGUAUCAUCUAUUUAUCGCAAAUACUUUAAUGCAUUCAAGCAAAAAUGAUUCAAACGUUUAAAUUUCCCCACUUUAUUAUUAAAAAUUACUUUUGGAAUGAUCAGUAACGGUGAUAGUUGAUGCACCGGUUUUACCUUGCAGCCAGUUUCACAAAGAUAGACUUUGACUAGGCUUAGGUCAAAAUAAUAUUCAGAUUUCAGAUCCAAAUGAUUAAGUAGGACUAGCGGUAAAAUAACAACAAUCAGAUCAACAGAAAAUGAUUGGAUUCAACAAUUACAGAGAUAUUUUACUGGGAAAAUAUUUCCCCUUUUUUUAAGUGUGGUGCCACUGGUCAGCAGGAAGCAGGCAUCACUGAUUGUUACCAUGGAAACAAUGGUCAACAUGUGUUGCUGAUUGUUACCAUGGAAACACUGGUUAGCAGGUGUCACCGAUUACUACCAUAGAAUUACUUUAAUUCUAGCCUGGUGGUAGUGUGGCUAAAUUUUCAGGCUUUAAAAUAAGCCCGUGUUGUUUUUGUGUAGUCUAAUUCAAUUUUGACUCGCCUAAAAUUCAAGACCAGUCCGAAAUGUCUUUGUGAAACUGGCUCCGGCUCAACCUGAACAUAAAGCAAACCGUUUUUUUAAGAAGAGGCUCCACAGCCAUCAAAGUCAACUGGCUAAAAGGGUGUAAUAAUUACUGCAGCUCACAUUCAAACUAAAGCUCCUGUAAUCCUGUAAGGGACGAGUAGAGUAAUGUGUAAAAUGUUAGUCUUAAUGUUACAGUCGGUUGUCAGUACUGUAUUAUUUGAAUGUUACAAGUGCCUGAAGAAUUGUGCAGAUGAGGAUAUCCGUGCAUAUUUAAAAGGCUUUGUGUGAAAAAAAUCACUCGAUUUAUUCUACUCUAGUUAAGUCACAUUUAGAAAGAAAUGUUCAGUGCACAACCCUGUGACCUAAACAUUGACAUUUUUAGGAGACAGGUUGCAGUGCAUUAGUAUUUCAGAUAAUAGUUUAAGUAAGUCUUUCAAUUCACUUUCACUGAUGCUCAAAUGUGUAUGUGUGUUCCAUGUAUAAGAGUUUAUAUCCUGCUUAAGUUCAUUUUUUUCACUUUUAAGAUGAUAAGUAUAUGACAAUGUUUCCUAUUUAGUUUCAUGCAGUAAAAUACUUUAUGUAGUAAAGUAGAAUUUACGGAGUUAGAAGUGUGGUGAGUUCAGUUGUGUAUGGUUGGUACCACAUUAUGCAAUUACCCAUCUUUGUUUGAAACUGACAGCAGACAGAGUGGGGAUUGUGUCUGGUUAACUGAAAAACUAAACGGAUGUUAGAAAAAACAUUUUCACUCAUAUAUGUUACGUUCUCUUAAACGUCUUUAAUAUUCAUUUUAGUUUGCAGGUUUGGAAACAGCUUGUGCAACAUCAACCUUUCCUUAAAUGUUUCCAAUGUCUUUAAGUGACUGGUGAGUUUUUUUAUGAAAAAGGAUGUACACACCCAUGUGAUUAACUCAGACAAUCCACCAAGAGAUGUUUCAUUUGUUCACAAUGUUUUCAUUCAUUGCAAAAGGUUUUACACAUUAUUGGUUGAUAUAUAAGAAGCAUACUUGCAUAUUUUACUAGUUUAAUAUUAGGAAAGAACACUUUAAAAUGUAUUCUCUUCUAUUUUAUGACGAAUGUAAUUUAUUAAACUGAAUUUAGCUCUGCUGGAGGUUCCUUAAAGGGCCUCGCUCUGUAUUAGCCUAUGAUAAGCCGUCUUGUGUCCAGGGAUCAAAUGUGGGAGCAAAGAGAAGCUUAAAACAUUUCAUCCCUGUCACUGCCUUGUCACCUGUGAGGGACAACCUUUGUAUGAGCAAGGCCAUAGAAUUGCUUUUUAUGUACAAAAGUGCAUUGUACAGGCCACAUUUUAUGGAAAGUAACUUUCAUAAUAGGGUAACAAUAGUUUGUCAUUUAAUUGUUUUGAUGUGUUGCUGAGGCAAUCUGAAGUUGCAGUGAUUUAAAACUGUUUUUUUUGUAGGGGAUGACAUUGUUUUCCCCCUCACAAUAACAUGUUAGAUUGUACUGUCAGAUAUUUGAUUUUAUUAUGCCAUUGUGAAACACUGUAAGUGAUCCAGUGCAUGAGAAUUUAUUUUGAAAUGUGAUUGGUUGUGUUUUAUAUGGUUUCCACUGCAUGUCAACAUCUUGCAGCAAACGUAUAAUCCACCCUUAAGGAAUCUGCAGUCAGAAGGUCAGGAGUUGAUGGUUCAGCGACUGUUUGAACAUUUAUUUUCAAGAUAUAGUUGCUUUCAAAGUUUAGGUUGUUAUUAGAUAUAUGACACUUUCCCCUUAUUUAUUUUACAUGCAAAUAAAAAGGCAUAUAACCGAAUGUUUGUUUCACCUUUUGGCAAAAAGCUUGAAUGUCAUGCACAUGGAGGUUGUCUUAGAUUUGGAUCAGCCAGUCAAAAAGAUGUUGACAGUAAGAAUGUUUAGUCUGACUGACUGAAGCACUUUCUCAACCGUCAAACUGAGAGGACAUGCUUUUUGUCAACUUUGCCUUAUCUUUAAUCUAUUCAUAAAUCUGUCUUGUUCAGUUGUGAAUUUCAUUUUAUCUAAUAAAUAAAGUACAUUUCACUGAACUUUUCUUUGAAAUGAUUCCUACACAAGUUUUGAGUUUGAGGCCAAAAUGACAGUUUGUAAAAUCAAUCCAAACAUUAUCCUGACUAAAAUGCUUGUUAACUGAUAUCCCACAGUAAAAAAAAUACUUGUACCAUUCGGUUAAAUCCUGGCCUGAAUAGAAACUGUCCCUCUUUUUUUUAUAACGUGUUAAAGUUAUUUUAUUUGUGCUUAAGUAAACAUUUCAUGUGGAUAGUUUUGUUCCUGUAAAUUCAAACUUGUGUUAAAUCUAAUAUUGCAAAUAAAUAAAUGUCAAGUUAAUGCUG